AUGGCUCGUUUUACAAUGUUCUAUUUGGCUUUCUUCGUGGUCUGUCUCGCUGCUAGAGCAUUUGCCGAACCACCGGAGCGUAUAGUAGGAGGUAGUCGUGCUGCCGUUGGUGAAUUCCCCUAUCAAGUUUCCAUAAGAGUUGGUAAUCAGCAUACAUGCGGUGGAACGAUCAUCUCUUCAAGACACAUUUUAACUGCUGCACAUUGUGUUAACGAUUGGAAUGCUCCAAUCAGCUUUUAUACCGUUGUAACUGGAACUAACAGUCUUAAUUAUGGUGGUGAAGUUCACGGUAUCAGUUCUGUUUCUGUUCAUCCCAGUUACAUAGGUAGUCAGCAAACUUCUUGGAUCAACGAUGUAGCUGUUAUUGCGUUAAGAUCUCCUAUAACGUUUAACAGUCUUCAAAAGGCUAUUCCAUUGCUGGAUUCAGAAGUGCCAAAUGGUAGUCUGCUCAGUUUGAGUGGAUGGGGUAAAAUCGCAACGAAUGGUCCACUUUCCAAUGCAUUACUGAAGACCUAUUUGUAUGCUGAAGAUUAUAGAGUAUGUCAACAACAACAUACGAUACCCAUCUACCCAAGUCAAAUUUGUGCACUUAAUCGAGCAGGAAUUGGCGCUUGCCAGGGUGACAGUGGUGGUCCACUCACUUACAAUGGUAGAAUUGCUGGUAUUGUUUCUUGGGUUAUUCCUUGUGCUCGUGGAAUACCUGACGUUUUCACCAAAGUCUCGGCUCAUCUUAAUUUCAUUAGAAAUGCUGUUCAAUCUACAUAG